AUGUCAAGCCAAGCUGAACUGAACACUAAGCAAAUAAACAAUGCUUUAAAAAUUAUUGAAAGUAAAGCAAAUGAUUCUGAUAUUAAGGAGAUAGACCCUUCAUUGACAAUGUACACAAUGGAGGAUGGUUCCAAGGUUUCUACUGUAGAAAGAGUAGUCAAAAGCAUUCCACCUAUCAUUGGUAAGACACCUACUGACGAGGAGUUGUUUGACAAAGUCACCGGAUUACCAAAUCAUGAAUUAUUAAGGGAACAUUUCAAAAGGGAAGGUAGAUUAACCCCAGAGCAAGCUUCAAAAAUUAUUAUGAUGGCUACCAAAUGUCUGUCUCAGGAACCUAACCUAUUGAGUGUCCCAGCUCCAAUAACAGUUUGUGGUGAUAUCCAUGGUCAAUACUUCGAUCUUUUAAAACUAUUUGAAGUUGGAGGAGAUCCGAAAACUACUCCUUAUUUAUUUUUAGGUGAUUAUGUUGAUCGUGGUUCCUUUUCAUUUGAAUGUUUAAUAUAUCUAUAUUCUUUAAAGCUGAACUUCAGUGAUCAUAUCUGGUUACUAAGAGGCAACCACGAAUGUAAACAUUUGACGUCCUAUUUCACAUUUAAGAAUGAAUGUCUUCAUAAAUAUGAUUUAAAAAUCUAUGAACUUUGCUGUUCUUCUUUCAAUGCCUUACCUUUGGCUGCCAUAAUGAAUGGUCAAUACUUUUGUGUUCAUGGUGGUAUUUCUCCUGAAUUAAGAUCAGUUCAAGAUGUCCAUAAGAUCAAUAGAUUUAGAGAGAUUCCUUCAAGAGGCCUAAUGUGUGAUUUAUUAUGGGCUGAUCCAUCUGAAGAUUAUGACAAUGCCCCUGAAGAACGUGAUUCGGAGUCUUUUAUUCCAAAUAAAGUUAGAGGUUGUUCAUAUGCGUUUACCUAUAAAGCAUCAUGUGAAUUUUUGCAACGUACUGGUCUGUUAUCUAUAAUAAGAGCACAUGAAGCCCAAGAUGCCGGUUACAGAAUGUACAAGUCGACUAAAUCUUUAGGGUUUCCAAGUUUGUUAACACUAUUUAGUGCUCCAAACUACUUAGAUACAUAUAAAAAUAAAGCCGCUAUUUUGAAAUAUGAAGCAAACAUUAUGAAUAUUCGCCAAUUUAAUAUGUCGCCUCAUCCAUAUUGGCUUCCAGAUUUUAUGGAUGUGUUUACUUGGUCAUUACCUUUCGUAGGUGAAAAGGUUACAGAAAUGUUAGUUUCUAUUCUAAAUAUCUGUACAGAAGAUGAACUGGAUGAAUCUGUUCCAGUUAUUGAGGAACAAGUAGGAAAGUACAGCACAUCUAUAAACGAACAAGAAGCCGUACCAGCUAAUAAUGAUAAUUCUGAGAAGGCUUUAAGCAAGAAUGAUGUUAACGAUGAUGCUGUGAGAGUUAGGGGAAACGUUCCAAUUUUAAAUGACGAACGUAGAAGAGCUGCCUUGAGAAACAAAAUAUUGGCGAUAGCUAAAGUUUCAAGAAUGUUCUCAGUUCUAAGAGAAGAGAGUGAUAAGGUUCAAUAUUUAAAGACAAUGAACUCUGGUGUUUUACCUCGUGGUGCAUUGGCUCAUGGUUCAGAGGGACUGAAUGAAACUUUAUCAGUCUUUGAAUUGGCCAGAAAACAAGAUUUGAUAAAUGAAAAACUUCCUCCUUCUCUAGAGGAACUAGAAAAAAAAAAAUGA